GGCACAGCGGGCUGUGGACCUACAAGCCCUGGCUCUUCGAGAUUGGCAGGCGGGCCCGCCGGGCAAGCGGGCUCAGCUGGCUUGUGUUCCUGGAGCCGGCGACGGAGGUGGACGUCGGCGGGCUGGCGGCUGCGCUGGGCAGGCACGACUCGCAGGCCGACGCCUUCCUUGGGCGCAUCCUCAAGGACCCCGCGCCGUCGAUCAUACACCACUACUCACAGGAGCCGCCGUAUCCUCACGCGCUCGCGGGGUUCGCCCUGAGCGGGGCGCUGGCGCGCCGGCUGGCUGAGGACCUGGAGGCGCACCCGCUUGGCAGCAAUCAGCAGAUCGAGCCUGUUUGGGAGCUGGCCGACUGGAUCAAGAAGCUCGGUGUGGAUCUUGUGGAUCAGAGCGAUGUCUUCUGUCUGGAGCAGCGGGCUGGUUGCGCCACCUGGGUUGGACGACGGGACCGACAUCGUGCUUCCCACGGGCUCACGCCGCGCGAUGUGGUCGUGGCGGUGAAGACGGUCGGCAAGUUCCACAGCAAACGUCUUCCUCUGAUCCACGAGCACUGGGCAGCUGCAUCCACUGCUGAGGUGCUCUACCUCAGCAACGAGCCGUUCUCGGACAUCCCUGGUGCCUCGGUCGUCGACCUCAGCCCCGAGUUCGGGAGCCGCCGUCGACCCUGCGGUGGAGUCGACAAAGCAUGGCAGCGGGCACUGCGCGAAGAUGGAGGCCCUGCUCACGCACCUGGCGCAGACGGGCCGGCCACAGCCGUGGUACGUGGUUACCGACGACGACACGCUGCUGAACGUGCCGAGGCUGCUGCGGGUCCUCGACUCGCACGACGACGGCGGUGCCGUCUACUUGGGCGAGCGCUACGGCUGGUCGCACCGCGAGGAACACCAGGGCACGAACUACAUCACCACGGGCGGCGGUAUGGCACUGAGCGGCCCCGCGCUGGUCAGGCUGCGCAGCUGCGAGUCCUGCACCUGCGGCGAUCCUAGCGCACCCGACGACAUGACUCUGGGCACGUGGUUUGCCAGGCUCAGCGUCGCGGCCGAUCCUCCUCUUCCUCCUCCUCCUCCUCCUGACUCCUCGUCGUCGUCGUCCUCCUCCUUCUCCUUCUCCUUCUCCUCCUCCUCAUCAUCAUUCUCAUCCUCAUCCUUGCCCUUCUCCUCCUUCUCCUCGCCAUCCUCCCUCUGCUGGUUCGGCCUGGGGAUGCUGCUCGGUGGAGAACCUUUCGAGUGGCUUGAUGAAGACCUUCCCUGGCCUUCAUGCAGGGGGGUCGGGAUUUCCAAUGCAGAGGAGGAAGAGGAGGAAGAGGAGGAGGAGGAAGAGGAGGAGGAGGAGGAGGAGGAGGAGGAGGAGGAGGAGGAGGAGGAGGAAGAGGAGGAGGAGGAGGAAGAAGAGUAG